AUGCAGGAUACUUACACAGUUGAGCGGCUGGACAGGCCUAGUACUUACUACACUGCCAAGAAGAAGCGCAAGUACGGACGAGACCAGCCGGAUGACAGAGAUGGCGCUGGCAACAAUGCAGAAGAAGACGACCCUCUCAAAGACGCGACAUCGCUCUAUGUAGGCAAUCUGUCAUUCUAUACAACCGAAGAGCAAAUCCACGAGCUGUUUUCAAAAUGUGGUGAAAUCAAAAGACUGGUCAUGGGCUUGGACCGAUUUCAGAAGACGCCUUGCGGAUUUUGUUUUGUCGAAUACUAUACUCAUCAGGACGCCCUCGACUGCAUGAAAUACAUCGGUGGAACAAAAUUGGACGAACGGGUCAUCAGGACUGAUCUUGACGUUGGCUUCCAAGAAGGAAGGCAAUACGGUCGGGGAAAAUCAGGUGGCCAGGUUCGAGACGAAUACCGAGACGAGUUUGACCCUGGAAGAGGCGGGUAUGGGCGAGCAAUUGACGCAGAGCGACGCAAGGAAGAGGAAGAAUAUGGAGCUGGAAAAUGA